GCACCGAAAUAGGCAUGAUGUUUCAUUCUCCUCCUGAUCAAAGAUGGAUCUGCAAAUCUCAGUUUUUCUUCUGUUCAUUCUUUUCACUGCAGGACACUCUCUCAGCUGUUAUGAAUGCAUGGGUCUGACGGGUUCUUGUGCGGAUCAGAAGUUAAAAACAUGUCCCGCUGGAUCUUCUCAGUGCUUGAGUUUAACAACGGUAACACAAGGUCCAAUUAGUGUAAAAGUGAAGGUUAAAGAUUGUGCUGUUGACUGUCAAAGUGGGUCCAUGAACUUCGGCGUUUCAAAGGUCUCUACUUCCUGCUGUAACACAGACCAGUGUAACGUCCAAGAUGCUCCAGAUCCCCCUAACACCCCUAAUGGAAGGAUAUGUUACCAGUGUGAUGGACAGAACUGCUCAAACACAGUGAGCUGUUCAGGGACUGAAGAUCGGUGCAUUAAAACAACAGGGACUUUUGGAGGCAAGUCAUUGGUUGCAAAAGGCUGUGUGUCUAAAUCUAUUUGUGACGCCACAUCAUUUAUUCCUAAUGUUAAGGGCGUCUCGUGUUGUGAGGGGAACCUGUGUAACGGGGCUCAGAGUGUCACCCAGAGCGUCCUGUUCCUCUGCUGUUCUCUGCUCUCCUACUUCCUGAUGCACUGAAUACAGCAGAUCUUCACAUUCUACAAUCAGACACACUGCACUGAGUAUAUAGCUUGUGUUUUUUUGGUACUAAAU